UUCUAUAGAUUUAUACUAGUGGACAUGAUACUUUUAAUAUCAGUUUGCAUGAUUAAAAUUCAUGUGUGCAUAUACCUAACAUACAUGGUACUUGCUGGAAUUUGCUAAGAUGUAUAUAUAUGUAUAUGUAUAAUAUAUAUGAUUACAAUAUAAUAAUCCAUAAAUAUUUAUCUAUUCUGCAUUUGCAUGCAGAUAUACAAACAUAAUAAAAAAAAACCAUAGAGAUGAGAUAUAUUAAGAUUAUUACUUAUGAUAUGAAUAAAUAAUUAAUAUUUAAAAACAAAUAUUUAUAAUCAUGGAUAUAACAAUACACGAUAGACUUAAUGCUUUGCAACAAAUUAGUCAACGAAAAUUUAUUGAAAUAUUAGAUAUAAUUCCUGGUACAAAAGAUUUAAUAAUAGAACAGAAACUUAUAAAAAUACUUGAUAGCUUUAUAGGAGUCACCACACUCAAACGAUAUGAAGUUGACAAAAUAUAUAAGUUGGAGCAAGGAUUAAAACUGUCAAAUAGUCAACGUAUAUUUCUAGUGUCUAGUAAUUUAACUUCUUGUAAAAGAGUACUGGAUCAAAUUCAAUCAGAAAUAUCUCAUAUUACAUCCCAUGUACAGGUCUGUCAUCAUUUAUUAGUUGUACCAUUUAUUCCUACUGUAUUGCAUACAUUAAUAGAAGAAGAAGGACUCAGUGGAUUAAUUACAAUAUAUCCAUUAAGUUAUGAGUUAAUACGAUUAGAUGGAAAUAUUUUAUCAUUUGAAAAUUCAUUAUUUACGGACUUAUAUUAUUAUAAAGAUGGGACUCUUCUACCUGCAAUGGCACGUAAUUUGUGGUCAUUAUAUCUUGUGCUUGGUUCACCCAAACUUAUAUUGUCUUUUGGAAAAUAUAGUCAACAAAUUUUAAGAUUUAUUGAAUCCAUAAAACAGUCUGUAAAAUCUUGUAAAACGGAAAAUGAAAUUGGUGCUUUUAUUUUAAUGGAUAGAAGUUACGAUAAAGUUACUACACUGUUGACACCAGUAACAUACUCAAGUUUAUUAAAUGAAGUUUUUGACAUAAAUGUGGGUGUGAUAUAUACUGGUAAAACACAAAGAAAGUUAGAUCCUGAUAAAGACCAAAUAUAUGGAGAAGUUCGUGAUAUACCCUGUAGUAAUGUCUUCCCAAUAUUACAUGAAAAAACCAAAUCACUCAAAUCUGAACAGGAGGCAAUAGAAACAAUGAAACUUGCUGAAAUGGGACAAUAUAUAACAACAAAAUUACAAAAAUCAAGAGAUAUGACACAACAAUUAGUUUUUCAUAUAUCAGCUUGUCGAACAAUUGUAGACACAUUAGGAUCUGAGUUUCAAACGUUACAAAGCAUUGAAAAAUUGAUACUUGAACGUAAAGGAAGGAAAGAGUGUUUGAACUAUAUUGAGAGAAAUAUAGAUGAAAAUCCAUUGAAAUGUUUACGUCUUUUGUGUCUCUUAUCCAUUUGUAAUGAUGGCAUUGCUUCUUCAGAUUUACAAUCCAUUCAGAAAUUACACCUUCAUGCCCAUGGUUACAAAAAUAUUCCAUUAUUUUAUAAAUUGCAGAAUGUUGGUUUAUUGAAAAUUAAAACAGAAAGUGGUAUUAAUAGAUUAACAGAUCAAAGUAAUGAAUGGACUAGUAAUGUACAACGUUUGAAACUUUUACCAAAUAAUACAAAACAUAUUGAAUCAAAAGGUUCUACAUGUCCCAGCUAUGUUUUUCAUAAUGCUUACAUACCACUUAUAGCACAAAUUUUAAAUAUUGUCGUUAAUCAAGAAAAAGAAAGCAAAAAUUUUGAUGAAAUAUUGAAGUUACCAGAUUCUGUUAUGAAUGGUCAGCGUGGUAUACUGUCACCAAAAAUAAUUGUAAUUUGUAUUAUUGGAGGUAUCUCUAAUGCAGAAAUAGCUGCAUGCAGACUUAUAGAAAAAUCGAUGGGUAUUAAACUUGUUCUCGUAAGUGAUAGUAUAAUAACUGGUAAUAAACUUAUAGAAAAGAUACAAGAAAUAUAAAAUGAUCAUGUAAAAUUAUAUUUAGUUUGAAUAUUUUUUAUUAGUUUUAUAUAAAGAAUUUCUGGAAAGUAAUGUGACGUGAUUUGCUUUAUUUAUCUUAUGUAUAAGUAAUGUCAUAUUAUAAGCGAAUGUAGCAAUAUAAUAAUAACAUUACAUGUUAAA